CCGCGGGCUCCUGGUGGCGGCCUUGAUGGGUCCUCGGACUUUGAUGGCAUUAUCUUUAAGUUUUCCUGCUGGUUUAGGGAAAGCGACCGGCAGUUUCCAGGAAAGGAGACAAGAGUCUGGCUCUGGAAGUACGGGUUCGGAGACAGCGCUUCGGCCCGGGGAAUCCGCAGUCUGAAACCGGAGACUACCCGAGCCGCGGGCGAACCCCCUCCGAGGUCUGAUCAGGCAACCCUUCAGGAGGUGGGAAACCGAGGCCCUGCCUCCGGAGCCCACCUAAAGAUGACUCAAGACCAACCUUGGCUUGCUCUGCAAGAGGCCCUGAGGAAGUGCUUUCCCGUGGUGGAGGAGCAGCAGGGCCUGUGGCAGAGCACCCUGGGGGACUGCCAGCCCCUCCUGGCCUCCCUCAGCAACCUGGCGGAGCAGCUGCAGGCGGCACAGAAUCUGCGGUUUGAGGAUGUGCCUCCACUUCGGGCCUUCCCGGACUUAAAGGAACGGCUGAGGCGCAAGCAGCUGGCGGCUGGCGACACUGUCUUGGACAAGUUAGGGGAGAAGCUAGCCACCCUCCUCAAGGUGCGGGACACCAUCAGCAGGCGCGUGGAGCAGGUGUUUGAGAUCUAUGAGCAGCAUGCAGACUCGAUUGGCAUUGAUGCUGUCCUGCAGGCUUCGGUGCUGAGCCCGUCUGUGGCUGACAUGUUGGAGUGGUUGCAGGAUAUCGAGAGACAUUAUCGACAUUCGAAGUUACCUAAAGAGAAAGUACCUCCUGUCCUCGGUCCAGUGGGGAGACUUGGCAAAUAUCCAAGCUUUGCCCGAGGCCUGGAAUCAAAUUUCAGAAGAUGAACACCAAAGCCUUGUACAAGAUACCCUGUUGAAUGUUUCCUUCUUCCUGGAAGAGUAAGGAAGCCACGUGUUUAUCAGCAGACUAGGGGGACACAAUUGAAGACCGACAUUGGUGCUUUCUGGUAUGGUAACCUGACAUACUUGAAAAAUCAGUGCCUAGAGCCUGAGGACUGCAUUCUUAUGCUGGGGCCUCUCCCUGUGACAUCACGGCUGAGGACACAUGGGCCACCCCUUGCCCUUUCGAUGCUCGGCAGUGGAAGGAGGUAGAGAGAGAAUGCAGAAAAGGUGGUGCAGGAGAACAACAGGGCAGGAGCCACUGUCACAGAAGUGGUAGGGAAGGAGAGGGCAGGGAAGGGAGUGUGGCACCACCCUCGGCACCAUCCAAAGCUCUGAGCUUGAUUGACACCCGGGCCUGUUCUGUGUAUUUGUGUCCGUACCUGAUUCCCUGAUGGAAGAUGAUUAUUCUUGAUGAUUUAAAGGAAUAACGGUGAUAAUUGAUGGAAGACAGUACCGAUCUUCCUGGACUUACAGUGAGGUUAUCCUGAUAAUCCCUUUGUAAAUUGAAAAUAUUGUAAGUCAAAAAUGCAUUUAAUACCCCUAACCUACCAAACAUUAGCCUAGCCUACCUUAAAUGUGCCCAGAACACUCACAUUAGCUUACAGUUGGGCAAAAUCAUUUAACACAAGGGCUUUUCAUUUUAUUUAUUU